AGCAGCAGAAGGAGCAGCCGCCUCCUCUCCAGCAGCCUGUCUGUGUUUCUGCGAAACGGGAGGAGAAACCGGAGGAGCGGUAGAGCGAUGCUGAGAGCGCGGCAGGAUGUCUUUCACCUCCUCCUCCUGGUCCCGGUCCUGGUCCUGGACACUUCGAGUCUUCCUCCUCGUGCAGGUCCUCCUCGUGCCGCCGAACAUCCUCCACCCGCAGCCGUGCCGCCUCCUGGCUCAGAUCGGACACACUGUGCGCGUCGGUGCGCUCCUGCCGGCGCAGCGUGCGGCUCGAGUUCGGGUCCAGGCAGCGCUGAACCGUGCUGCAGCUGCGAUGAGCCGGGACCGUGACUGGGACCGGGACCGCGACCCGGACUCAUACUCCGAGCGGGAGCGGGUCAACUUUCUGCCCUACAAUCUGAGUCUGGAGCUGGUGUCCCGGCAGCCGACCGCCGCGGACCCAGAGUCCCUGUUCCGGUGCGUCUGUCAGGGCGUGGUGGUGCAGGGAGUGUCUGCCGUGCUCGCCUUCCCGCAGACCCGCGAGGAGCUGCUACAGGUGGACUUCCUGGCCUCGUUCCUGGAGAUCCCGGUCCUUAGCGUCUUUGAGCAUGGAGAGCCCCUCCGCAGGCAGAACCGGUUCCACCUGCAGAUGGUGACGGGGGUUCCAGAGUCUGGUCUGUCUGAGCUACUGCUGACGGUUCUGCAGCGUUCCGGUUGGAAGGAGGGUACAGCAGUUUUGUGUCAAGGCUGGGAGGAGUCACAGGGUCUCUUGCGGAUCCUGGAUGGUCAGAAUGAGAGUGAUUCAUCAUGGGAGGGCGGGGGUGGAGCCACGUGGCACCUGCGUGCCGUCUUGAACCUGACGCAGUCAGCACACGAUGACACUCAGAUCCAUGACUUCCUCUCUCGGCACUUCAGACAGAACCAGGCCUCACCAGCGUCUGUGCUGCUGUUCGGGGCCGACCCACAGUGUGCGGCGGCAGUUCUGCGCAGUGCUCAGGACCUGGGCCUCACAUUACCCAUGGUGCACUGGGUGCUGGGCCAGCCGCUCAGCCCAGAUGCGCUGCAUGCCAUUGGGCUGCCACUCGGCCUGUUGGCCUACGGCGAGGUGGAGAGAAAACCACUGGACUUCUACAUCCGAGAUGCCCUGCAGCUCAUCACCAGGGCCAUCGCUGCAGCAACCACAGUGAGACCGGACCUGGCUCUGAUCCAGAACAUGGUGAACUGCUAUGACAAACCCAACAAACACGAGGUGCCGUCAUCAGGACAGUACCUGUCCAGGUUCCUGGCCAACACGUCCUUCUCUGGUCUCACAGGUCCAGUCAGAGUCCAUGAGAACCGGUCUCAGGUCCUCACCUUGCAGCGCUUCCACAUCUGGAGCCUGCGGCGGGACGCACUGGGUCAGCCCACCUGGGUCACGGUGGGUAGCUGGGAGGGAGGCCAGCUGCAGGUGGAGGACCAGGGAGUCUGGCAGGGACCCAAACCUCACCACAGGACAGAGGCGACAGGCGGGAGGACCAGGGGGCGCUGGAGGGCGGGGAUGCCAGUGAUGGGAACUCGGGUCCGGGUGGUGACUCUGGUGGAACAUCCCUUUGUGUUCACACGGGAUGUGGACGAUGAGGGCAGCUGCCCAGCAGGUCAGUACUGCCUGGACGCCGGCACCAACAACUCAGAGACUUUGGAGAGAUUCUUCAGGGAGGUGGCAGGCGGGAAUAGCAGCUACUUGCCUGCAGAGUACAGCAAGUGUUGCUACGGAUACUGCAUCGACCUGCUGGAGAAACUGGCUGAGGACCUGGGCUUUGAGUUCGACCUUUACAUCGUGGGAGAUGGGAAAUAUGGUGCUUGGAAAGGGAGGCGGUGGACUGGGCUGGUGGGCGACCUUCUGAAUGGACUGGCAGACAUGGCCGUCACCUCCUUCAGUAUCAACUCAGCUCGGAGUCGCGUGAUUGACUUCACCUCGCCUUUCUUCUCCACCAGUCUUGGUAUCCUGGUGCGCAGUAAGGACACAGCAGCCCCCAUUGGUGCUUUCAUGUGGCCCCUGCACUGGUCCAUGUGGGUGGGCAUCUUCCUGGCAUUGCACAUCACGGCACUCUUUCUUACGCUGUACGAGUGGAAGAGUCCAUAUGGCAUGACACCUCACGGACGCAAUAGGAUCCGAGUGUUCUCGUACUCAUCGGCUCUAAACCUGUGCUAUGCCAUCCUGUUUGGACGCACUGUCUCCUCAAAGACGCCAAAGUGCUGGACUGGUCGGUUUCUAAUGAACCUUUGGGCCAUCUUCUGCCUGCUGGUGCUGUCCAGUUACACAGCCAACCUUGCUGCCGUCAUGGUGGGUGAGAAGACCUUUGAGGAGGUGUCAGGGAUACACGACGCCAAGCUUCAUCACCCUUCCUGGGGUUUUCGUUUUGGGACAGUCAGAGAGAGCAGCGCUGAGGAUUACAUGAAGAAGAGUUUUCCAGAGAUGCAUGAGUACAUGAGACGCUUCAAUGAGCCGACCACACCCGAAGGCGUCGCCACUCUGAAGACAGAUCCUCCUCAGCUUGAUGCCUUCAUCAUGGACAAAGCUCUGCUGGACUACGAAGUUUCAAUCGAUGCCGACUGUAAACUGGCGACUGUCGGGAAACCGUUCGCCAUCGAAGGUUACGGUAUUGGCCUGCCUCAGAACUCCCCUCUGAGCUCCAACAUCUCAGAGUUCAUCAGCAGAUAUAAGUCGGAAGGAUACAUGGACCUGCUGCAUGACAAAUGGUACAAGGUGGUUCCAUGUGGGAACCGAGUGUUUGCCGUCACUGAGACUCUUCAGAUGGGGAUCCGUCACUUUUCAGGACUCUUCCUCUUGUUGUGUAUCGGAGUGGGUGGAGCCUUGCUGACUCUCGCAGGCGAACACGGGUUUUACCAACUUGUGCUGCCGCACAUCCGCCGCCGACAGAACCUCAAAUACUGGCUGCACACCUCUCAGAAAAUCCAUCGCGCUCUGAACAUGACGUACGAAGAUGUGAAGAGGCAGCGAGCAGAGAAAGAGAGCUGUAAUCUGCAGAAGUCUCAGCCUCCUCCUGGCCCCCCUUCCCCACCAGCCCCUGGAGCUUCUGCCAAAUGGAACAAUGAGACCAGUAAAGAUGCCACCGCUGCUAAGGACACUCGGGACUUCAAACGAGUCCACUUCAAUCUGGAGACCCUCAACACCCGCCGCCUGCUCGCUCGCAUCGCCACCUCUGACAUCAAGGGAUCUGGGGCCAAAUCUGAUGUAGGGGGUCCAACCAAGCUGAAGGUCUCGAACAGCCAACUGUGUGAGAAUGGAGGACCGGCUUCGUUUGCCAGCCUGGUCCUCUCACUCCCCUCACCAUCCUCCUCUUCUGCCAAACCCAAUACCUUGGCUCCUCCCUCUGUUGCUACGUCCCAGUCCCCUGCUACAGUGACCCCGUCCACUGUCAUAACGCCCACCAUCACAGUGGUACCGCCCCAGCCUGGCGAGCUGCAGGAGCUGCAGGACCAAAUCGAACAGAUGAGGGAGAAGCUGAGGACGGCUCUGGCCAGGAGGGCAGAGAUCCAGACUACUCUGGCCAAACCUGUAGCCACGGUGACAAACAGCCAACCUCCAGUUACCACAGCAACAACGUCAGCGAUGACAAUGACGGCAGCCUCGCUCACUGUUGCCCCGGUAACACCCCUACCAACAAACACAAAAUGCGUGACGACCAUGACAGACCCACCUCACAGAGUCCUGUCAAAAGUCCGGCCCCUCCAAAGCAGACUGACCAAUCAGAGGAGGUGAUGUUCUCUGUACAGUUUCACAUGACCUGGUCACACACCUGUGCACACAGCAGCCAUUUUGGACUGUUGAAUGUUUUGGACAUUUUGUUUCUUCUGAGUUUAAGUUUGGUCACAUAGCACCAGGGCAAUGUGCAGGGGGAUACCUUUAUAGACCUGAACCUGUUCUGGACCGGUUCUGGAUCUGUUCUCCUUUCUCUUCUUUUCUGUAUGUUGAUAUUAAGGGUUAUUUAAGGGUUAUUUAAGGGUUUUUUAAGGGACUCUGCUUUCAGUCAGACUGCAGGGAACCUUCUAUUCUGAACACUAACAGCCCUGGACACACAGAGGAAGUGAUUUAUCUCCUUGUAUCACUGUGUCAUGAACCAGGUGAGGCUAGGCUCAGUCCAUGUCUUUCUCCUCACCCGUUUGUUUUAGUGACGCGUUCACUGACCUGUCCGUUUGUACAGAUGAGCUGUGAGGCGUUCACUGACCUGUCUGUUUGUUGUGAUGAGCUGUGAGGCAUUCACUGACCCCUGUGUUCUGUGUAAAAAAGCUAUUUGUAUUGA